CUCUUUGAGAUAAUCUGUGACGCCAUUGUUGUGGCCACUGCUAGUAUUGUUUUUGUUACGAAGUAAAUACGCUUUUUAAAAUUUAAAAAGGGGCAUUUGUCCGAUUUGUAUAAGUCUUAGAUGCAAGAAAGUUUCGGAAAGUGCGCCGUUUGCAGUGAUGUAAAUUUGGGGAUAAUUGUGGGUUAGUAAACAGUCCAGACUCCCCGGAUUGAAUUGACGAAAGUGGUUUGCAGUUAAUAAACUAAAUAACAAUGAAUUAUUGGAAAUUUUGGACGUUGCGACUAAUACAAUUCCUACCAGUGCUAAGUUAGUGGUUUAGUCAUGAAUGACUACUCAAGAUCGUCUUUAAAUAAUUUGUCAAUUGUGGUUAGAAAGUUAGUUAUGCAGAAGUUAUGUUUUUCGACUGGGGCAUUUGAUGGUGGCUACUUGCGAUGGGGGACUAUGCUUUGUACAAGGCUUUACAGUCAUUCACACCCCCUUCAAACGAUACGACAAGCCUAGAGUUUCAGAAGGAUGAUGUGUUCGAGAUUUCGGUCCAAAGUCCUUUUUCCACCAGCGAAUUUCAAAAGCCUGGAUGGUUGUAUGCUUAUAACAGACGGACGGGAUCAGAAGGAUACGUUCCUGUGGAAUGUGUAAAACUGCUUGGGUCUGAAGUAAAUAACACUGUACAUCAUCCAUCCGCUCUAGGAGUGGCAAUUUCAGAAACAGAUUGUAAAGGGAAGACUGAAACCACCCACGACAUCACUCGAGUCUACUUUGUAAAACCAAUUUUAUGUACACAUUGUAGAGACUAUAUUUGGGGACAGGGCCCAGUUGGCGUAAAAUGCAAGGAUUGCUUCGGCUGCUUCCACGACAUGUGCGCGAGGUUCGCCGCCAAACACCAAUGUCUUAAGAACGAGGAAGUGCCCACGACGACGGCGACGCUCGAGCACGACAAGCCCAUAUCCGAAUGGACGUCGGCCCAAGUUCUGGAAUGGAUGGCGGCGACCAACCUCUACCUCUGCUCGGACAUCUUCCGAUACAAAGACAUCAAAGGCGCUGAUUUGGUUCAUCUGGACAAAGAAAAAUUAAUUAAUAUGGGCAUCAAGGACGAGUUCCACCAAAUGGCGAUCCUGUCGUGCAUUGAGGAGCUUUUGGGGAAGCAGGAGAACAAGAUGUUGAGCAACGACCAAGAUUCGGAUAUAGCGCACACGCAUAACUUGACGCAGCAUAGUUUCAGCAGUUUAGAACGUUGCGGAAAAUGCAACAAAUACUUGCGAGGUUUGCUUCAUCAGGGUUUCGUUUGUCAGGACUGUGGUCUGGUGGCUCAUCGCUCGUGUGCCGCCACCGGUCUGCCGCCUUGCACGUCCGCCUUCGGUCGGGGGCUGUGUCUCCAGUUUUUCCCCGGAGACAUGCAGGAAGCGCCCGCUUUUCUCGUAAAGUUCAUCGACGAAUUGGAGUCGAAAGCCGAGAACGACGAAACUCUAGAACUGUAUAAUCUCUACAGCGCCACACCUCCGCCUGAUCAAAUGGCCAAGCUGCUCGAGAAAAUCAACGACGGUUCAACCAAUUUAGAUUUAAGCGAUUUUAACGCCGUUUGUAUAGCCGGAAUUAUCAAAAAGUUUCUUAGGGAGUUACCCGAUCCUCUUGUACCUGUCCAGUGGUACGAUGCGUUUUUAACAGCGUCAAAAGCUAAAACUGACGAAGCUUGCGCGAACCAAUUGACACGUUUAGUCGAAGAGUUGCCUGAAAAUCAUCGUUCCACGUUAAAAUUUGUGAUGGCUCAUUUGUGUCGUAUGUGCCAGAUGGAAUACUCCAGGGGCAAUCACAGUCCCCCUACUGUUCUAAUCCAGGCAUUAUGCCACAUUUUUCUGAGACCACCUUGGGAACGUAUUAUUCAAGUGGUCUACAAUACUCAGUCUCAUAAUAGGAUUUUAGAAGUACUACUUUUGAAGUGUAGUUGGGGCGUCAAGUUGCCUGAAUUUGCCUCAGCUCCGGCCAUUCCGCCGCGUCGGGCGGUGGGAACGGCCCGAAUUUCAACAAACAGCACACUAGAUAAGGAAAAAUCGAACGCCUUCUCGCUCCAAGAGGCGGAAUGGUACUGGGGCGACAUAAAGCGGGAAGAAGUCAACGAGAAACUGAAAGAAACCCCGGACGGUACGUUUUUAGUGCGCGACGCGUCAACAAAAAGUGGCGAGUACACAUUGACCCUUCGUAAGGGUGGUACAAACAAGCUAAUUAAAAUUUGCCAUAAAAACGGGAAGUACGGUUUCACCGAACCGUACACCUUUAACUCGGUCGUGGAAUUGAUAAACCAUUUUCGUAACGAGUCUUUAUCACAAUAUAACGCCUCCUUAGAUAUAAAGUUGUUGUAUCCGGUGUCUAUGUUUAACCACGAGGAGGAAGCGGCGAAAACGGAGGACGUGGAGAAGCUCUGGGAUCACUUACGCGACAUCAAGAACACUCUCAUGAACAAGAACAAAGUCUUGGACAGCCUGACUGAAGAUCUGAACAAGACAAGCCAGGAGGUCUCCACCAAACGCCAGGCCCUUGAAGCUUUAAAAGAGUUGGUUAAAGUGUUCCAAGAACAGAUCGCCACUCACGCACAAGUCAAGAAAGAGGCACAACCGCACGAAAUCGUGGGGUUAACCGUCAACGAGAAACUACUAACGCAACGACUGAAAAUGAUGCAGGAGAGCUCCGAGCACUUAGAUAAGACUUUAGAGGAGAAAGAGGCCUACAACCGGACGCUUGAGCGCGAACUGACCGCCCUGAAGCCGGUCGUGCACAGUCUGCGCAAAGAACGGGACAAAUACAUUAGGUGGCUUCAGGAGCGCGGCGUGAGUCCGACGAAGAUCAACCAGGUGCUGAACCGCAACAGCGAGGACGAGGAGUACAACACGCAGUCGGGCGAAGAGUGCGAUGUGGACUCGCUGAUACAUAACGACGAGCGCACUUGGCUGAUGCUGGACUGCCGGCGAAUCGAUGCCGAGAAGUAUUUGGCCGGCCAGCCGGACGGGACGUUCCUGAUCCGUACUUCGAGCACUUCGAAAUACGCCCUGUCCAUUGCUUGCAACAAGAUGGUCAACCACUGUAUCAUCCACGACACGAAGAGGGGGUUCGGCUUCGCCGAACCCUACAACAUUUACCCGACUCUGAAAGAUCUGGUCUUGCACUACGCGACGAAUUCCUUGGAGAUACACAACGAUUCUUUGAACACGGUCUUAGCGCAUCCGCUUCUCGCCUGGAAGUACAGCAGUAACCAAGAUCGCUACAUCGGAGGAUCAAGCACCACGUACAACUAACUGAAGAGAGUGAUGUGAUAAUUCAAAGUUGCUGUGACUUUUAUAUUCCCGUAAUCUUAAAUUUUACGAUGGUGAUAAUUUCCAAAAACUAUAACAAAUUUAUAUAAAGUAAUGUAUCAUAUAAAUAUAUUUACAUAUACAGUGACAGUUUUACAAUUGAAGUCGUUUUUGCUUAAUCACCAGGUUAAAUUGACUGUGAUAGUGUACUAAAGAAGAAGCUCUUAGAUUUAUAUAACAACCUAAGCACAUGUAAGUGUGUGUGAUGUGCGGUGUAUCAAUAUGGCCUGGUUUAUUUUUGAAAUUCAACAUUCUAGGCCUUUACGUUUGUAAAUAUAUGAAAUUCAAGCAGUAGCGUAGUCACGGGAUAUGGAGCCUGCAGCUGUUUGCGACUCUAGUCAAUCGUUAACCUGCCUCUGUUCAAACGCGGUGGUGCCAUCUGAUGCGUGGAAGCUUUAUUAUUUUCGUAACUAUUUUUUGUGUUAUGGUGGGCCACUGCUCACUACGCUGCUGCCAAAAUCGCUGUUAGCCGAUAUUCACUUGCUGCGCCAACGACGUGCCAACGCGGCCUAUUUUUGAAUUCGUUCCGUAUUUGCGCACUGGAUGAUGCUGUUGGCAGGUUGUUGGGGUGUGUUGUUAAUUCGCCUGUCAAUAUAUCUACUUAUCUUAUUUGCCAAGCGCUGCAGUGUGAGAAGAAAGCAUUCUAGAUAAUAUUAAUAUGUGAUUUUAUUUAGGUACCUUUUUUAGAUUGUGCAAUGUCUUCAAAGUGUAUUUAACUAUUCUUUAUAACACUCGUAGUAUUUAUUUUAAACUAGGAUGUUUUUCAUUUGGAAAGUACAAGUGUUUUUUACAUUUGUUUUUAAAACAAAUCUCAUGUAUCUAGAAUGGUUUUCGUAUUGUUUUCACUUUUUUACAAUCAUUAUUUGUAGCUGUUUAUCUUUAAUUCAUUCUUCCAUUUUUCAUUUAUUGUCAAGAAAGAAGAGUAUUAAACUUGUUAUAUCUAGAA